AUGCACUUUCUUGGAAGGGUUUGGAUGCUAGGAGCAGGUCUUUCAGCAUGCUGCUCCGCUGCUCAUAUUACCCAAGACCGGCUUGUCUCUCUCAGCAGUGAAAAUUACGACGGUACUACGAAGGUCGAACUCAUCACGAAAGGCCUCGGACAGGUCGAUUUCUUUAAGCUCGACCCAGCUCCGAACGCUACCACAUUUGACUCGUGGUACUUUGAUGCUAUGAAUCCCUUGACGAAUGAAACUGUCAUUUUCAACUUCGAGAUACAGUCUCCGACUAAUAGUGCUAACGUAUCGGAGCCUCUCUAUCGAGUCUCACUGUAUGGGUCGUUUGCCAAUGGUACAGCCUACAGCUAUGAAGUCGAGGCUGAAAAUGUUAACAUAACGGAAAACGACGAAAACGGUACCAAAGUGGCCUACUUUGGCGGUAACGACUUCUCUUGGUCAGGUACAAGCCUCUUGAAACCCAGACCGGUCUACACGGUGACUAUUAAUUCGACUGAGGUUGGUAUCUCAGGGACUUUGAUUUUGCAGGGAAAUCUUGCCGCGCCUCAUUAUUCCUGCGGCAUCGAUGCAGCAGGCGUUGAUCAACAAACCGCUCCAGGGUUGGAUGGGCUAAUGCGGUACCCGACGCUAACGCCACUGUUUCUAUCCAUAUUCGCGAUACGGCAAUGUCUUUUGAAGGAUAUGGCUAUCAUGACAAAACCUGGGUUGAUCGUCCUUUUGAGACAUCGGUGCAGGCCGCGUUUUGGGGUCACGCUCGCAUAG